AUGGGAUGCUUCAUAUCGACCCCUCAGGACACUGGCGGCAACAGGAGGAGGCCAUCCAAUAUAGGGGAAGUGUCUGUUUUUGUUCCAGGCCUAAGAAUACCUAAGCCAACCAAUUUCUCUCAGUCAUUAGGUGAUCAUCUGUCUAAGAGCUUGGUGGAACGGCUUUCUGCUCUGAGAACGAGAAUAGUUGUUAUGGCCGGGCAAGAAGCUCCAACAAUUACAAGAACAAGGAGGAAAUCUGCCACUCAACAUGGAGGUUCAUCAUUAUGUGAUCUUCUUCAGGCUCUAGAAGAUUAUUUGCCAGUUCUUCUUGGAUUGGUUAAAGAUGGGAGCCCUUUGCAACAUAAAGUACAGUUUGUGUGGAUCAAUCAAGAAGAUGAAGUCGAGGAAACAGCAAUGUACAGUGCUUGGUAUGAAGUAUUAUCUGUUUUGCAUUUGAUGGCAACACUCUCAUUAUCGCAAGCUAAUUUAUUGCUUCUUCCAAGAACAUCAAUUGACGGCUAUCAACCAAAGGUAUCCGAAGAGAGCCGCAGAUCUUCUAUCGAUGUCUUUUUAAAGGCAGCUGGUUACCUUGAUUGUGCUGCCCAAGACAACAUAAUGAACCUUCCACUAGCAAAUGGUUGGGGAGAAAAGCAUAGGCUAUUCAUCAAGUGGAAAUACAUUGAAGCAAAGGCUGCAGCAUACUACUAUCACGGUCUAAUUCUUGAUGAGGGCAAUACUGAGAAAUCACAUGGAAUGGCUGUUGCUGCUCUACAAGCAGCAGACGAGUACCUCAAAGAGAGCAAGAAAGCUGGUGAAGCUUUUAACACAUCUGUUCCUGUAUCCAGGAAUCCUCCUCUUUGGGGAACCAUGAAGUAUCUGUCGGAAAAGAUUCCGAAAGAUACUUCAAGCAAGGUGCGAAUCAACAAGGAUCUUUACUCUUCCGAAAAGAUUAUGGAAACGGCACCAACACUGCCAGAUUUUGCAUUGGCACUCAAGCCUGAUGAAUAUCAGCUUCCUCCUGUUGAUUUUUCAUGGGACGAGCAAGAGACGAAGAACGUCCAAAGACAAGAGGAGGUCGGCUAA